AGGACGAUGCAGAGAGCCGAGCGCAGACAGACGACCUGUAGAGCCUCCACACCGGGGAACAUAUGAGCGCCUGAGUCCAGAGACACAGAAAACACACAGAGGGAAUGGAGAGCUGCACACGUCAACACUAGCUGUUCUGUGAUUGGCUGAUUGCUGACAUCAGUAUCAAGAUGGCCCACCUCUUCCUCGCCAGUAAGAUCGCCAUGCCCGAUGACCUCCACAGCAAAGGUGGCUCCAGGAUCCCCAGGGGUGCCGUGAGGAUGCCGACAACCAUCUCUGCUGAGAAGCUGAGCCGGGAGAAGGCAAGGAAGGACCGCAGCAUGGUCAUGACAACCCACGUCCCGCACAUCAACGAGGUCCAGCUGACGGCGGCCACCGGCGGUGCAGAGAUGUCCUGCUACCGCUGCACAGUCCCAUUCGGCGUGGUUGUACUCAUUGCCGGCAUCGUGGUCACAGCUGUGGCGUAUACCUUCAACUCCCACGGGUCCACCAUCUCUGUGCUGGGGCUGGUGCUGCUGUCUGCUGGACUGGGCCUGCUGGGAUCCAGCGCCAUCUGCUGGAGGGUGCGACUGAGGAAGAAGAAGGACAAGCGAAGGGAGAGCCAGACGGCACUCAUGGCCAGCCAGGGAUACUGCGUGGCUUGAGCGGCGUCCAGUCCUGAGAGGAGUUCAGGUUUAAGUCACACAGUGGUGGUUCACAUGAUCAACUUCAGGGAGACAGUGAACAUGAACGCAUCGCACUUACAACACAAAGUUUAACAGAGACAUGAACUGAUGAACUUUGCUUAUCGUAAAGAGAUGGAGCUUGUACUCGCUGCAGGCGGUGAUGACUCUGAGGCUGACGCCUUGAAGGAAGAGAUGAUGGUCAAAGUGAAAGACGGGAAUUUGGACACAUGACCACCUGCAGGAUGAUUCAUUGCAGAGACUUCACACUCCAGACUGGGGGUGCUGGAUGACAGACAGGAGCUAAACUUUAGGAUGAGUUCAAUAAUCGAUUCUUCAGACAGUUUAUAGACUGAAAGUACCGAUUCAUCCAAAAACAGUUGGCAGUUUAUUUGAUAAUAAAAAGGUUAGUUGUUGCCCCACAGAGCUCAUCCAUGAUGUACAGUAUCUCGACCUAAAAGCUGCUAAUAUGCUAUAAAAGACUUGUAACAAGGUACUCUGUUGUUGAUGUUUCUCUUUCUGACAGUUUCUUCAUCUCUGGUAAACUCCACUUGUGAUCUCAGCAGUUCGUACAUUUCUCGAAAAAAUUUGUUUUUCUGUCUGCAAAUAUUUUAUCUGUCUUAGCCCAGAAGGAAAUGUUGGCAUUGUGCGUUUCAUAUGUAUCAUAUCAACAGUCUGAUUCUGUCAUGAGGAGAUGAAGGUGACAGUUGAUGGUAUGAUAUCUAGGUGAGACAGCUGCUGGCUGCAGACCACUGCAGAGCAACAUUGUUUGUUGUUUAGCGAGUCAUCGCUGCAUUUCCAGCAGCUUUAAUGCCAUCAAAUGUGGGUGUUUUUAGGGCCCCACUGCUGCUUUUCUACCGGGGAUAGUGCAAAGAAAAGCAGUUGUUUUUUCCUGCCAGGAUGGUGCCACCAAAAGGGGGUAUUUUGACCAAAAAUAUGAUCUUGUUCUAACAUUAAUCAAGUGGUUUUUGUGCCUAAACAUACCCACGUGUUAACCAUGGUGUUGUUGAAACAUAAGGUUUCAAUAUUUUUGCUUCAUAAUAACAUAUAAGUGUUAUCGUAUCCAUGGUUUUCAGAAACGUACAAUGCCAACAUUCAUUCUGGUGACUGGAUUGUACUUUCUGAGAGGGCAGAGGACAUCAUGAGAAUUGAGUGUCUCUUGAAUGAGUCCUAAAACCCAAAAAUGAGUUAGCAUUUUAGCUCUCCUGGUUCCGUAUCUCAGAGUCAAUGAGUUUUAUGUUAGAUGCUUUAAAUGAGCUGAAGAGACUUUCAUGAUUUGUUCUAUGACAUAAAAUACGUCAGUAAAUAUCCUUCUCAUGAACUCUGAAGCUUUUAGGUGUCUUAAGGCCGGAUCACGCAGAAAGCAUUUUAGCAGCUGGAGGCGCCUUUUCGUAAUUGUUUUUAAUGAGAGUAAAGCUCUUUGCUCACAGUUUUUGUGCUCUAGGUACCUGGCGUUUUUGCCAGAGCGCUCUGAACUUACUCAAAGCGGAAAAACGCCCCAUGUCAUCUCUUAUACUCAUACCCAGAGCUAUACGGCCCAACAAUAGACAGCAGGUUGUCAAACUGCCCCUGAGUCAUCCUAAAAUCUGCCUGGAAACGUCCAUCAUGGAGGAGAAGCUCCUGGACCAACUGGUGGUAC